GCCGGUGGCGCCAUCUUACCCGGCUGCGGGAGGGGGUCACAGGUCAGUGCCCGAUCCUCCCGCCAGCGAAGGAGCACCUGGUGGGUGCCCAGCCGGACCGCAGGGCCCAGCGGCCGGAGGUGGCUUUUCCGUGAGGCUGCCCAGGAUUUCCCAAAAGGACAAUGGAUUCUGGAACUCGCCCUGUUGGUAGCUGCUGUAGCAACCCUGCAGGGCUCUCACGGGAGUACAAAUUAGUGAUGCUGGGUGCUGGUGGUGUGGGGAAGAGUGCCAUGACCAUGCAGUUCAUCAGCCACAGAUUCCCAGAAGAUCAUGACCCCACCAUUGAAGACGCUUAUAAAAUCCGAAUCCGUAUUGAUGAUGAGCCUGCCAAUCUGGACAUUUUGGAUACAGCUGGACAGGCAGAGUUUACAGCCAUGCGGGAUCAGUAUAUGAGGGCAGGAGAAGGGUUUAUCAUUUGUUAUUCUAUCACUGAUCGCCGAAGUUUCCAUGAAGUUCGGGAGUUCAAACAGCUCAUCUAUCGAGUUCGACGGACUGAUGAUACACCUGUGGUUCUUGUGGGAAACAAGUCUGACCUAAAACAACUAAGACAGGUCACCAAGGAAGAAGGAUUGGCUCUGGCCCGGGAGUUCAGCUGUCCUUUUUUUGAGACUUCGGCCGCAUACCGCUAUUACAUUGAUGAUGUCUUCCAUGCACUUGUACGGGAGAUACGGAAGAAAGAGAAGGAGGCAGUGCUGGCUAUGGAGAAAAAAUCCAAACCCAAAAGCAGUGUAUGGAAGAGGCUAAAAUCCCCAUUCCGGAAGAAGAAAGAUUCAGUAACUUGAAGGGAAGAUGUGAAGUGUUUUUAUCUGUGAACUGCAGUGCUUGAUCGAAGCAGUCCAGUAACCUGCAGUAGUAAGCAUGGUGCUUGCUCUUUCUCCUGUUAUGACCAUUAUUUUAAAAGUAACUGAUGAGGGGGACGUGCCUACUAGGAGUUUUCAAUAAUGUGGUAUUUAAAGUAUUGUUUCUUAGUUGAUUCUGAUUUAUUAACCCAGUGACGCACUGUCUGCUUUUACAUUGUCACAUUAGAAUUUGAUCUACCAUUGUUUUGGGUUAUUUUGCUGAUGUUAAUUAAUUAAUGUAAAUUUUUUAUAUCCUGGGAGAAUAUGUAUACCAUGUGUGUUUGAUGAUUUCGCAAGAGGAAUGUGCUGUACACUCCCCAAUCAUCCUUUAACUUCGGUUUCUUGGGACUGUCCCAGAGAAGGACCUCAGUCUCAUCUAUUCAUACUGAGCUUCCGUGUCACAGAAUAAAAAUCAUACAGGGAAAUCAGUGCUAAAGAGAUCAGUGCUAAAGUUCAGCAAAUAGCUAUGGAGCUGACAUCUAUUCAGAUUAUGGAGUGAUGAGAUUUGGGUAAAUCAGAUCAGAUGCUUGCAGGAAGUUGGCUAGAAAAAGGUAGGGUCAGAACAUUGUUCCCAGUACAAGCCUGGCUUUUCUGAGAAGUGCACCUUUGGUCCAGACACUGGGAGGGGUAAGAAUAGACAGAAGCAUAUGAAAGGUAAUGGAAAUUUCUCCUUGGAGGUUCUUAAGUUCUUUUCAGGGUUUUGCCUUUCUUUACCUUCAAAGGUAAACACUGGAUUGCUAAACUUUUGUUUGUCCUUAGUUGGGACAGCCAUUGCCUUGUACAAAUUUAUUUUUUCUCCACAGUUACACACACUAAGACAUUGUUUCCUAGUACUUUCCCUUAUCUUUCUUGUACUCUUUGGAAGAGCAAGACCUGGCAAAAUGAUUUUUAAGCCCUUUGUUAAACUGACUUUAUUUUCAAAAGUUGGAGUAAAAUCAUGUGGCCUCCUUGACAUCAACAGUCACUAGACUUUACUCAAAGAAAGUCUGUGGUUUUUCUGUUUAAUGGGUCAGUCAUAAAGCUUUAAUAUUUGUACAUUGGGUUUGUAAUCCUAAGAUUUCCUUAAGAGGACUUACUAAGUUCACCUCAGGGUUGUCUGAGCCUUGACAGUUUGGCCUAACCACUUUUCUCCAUAUAUGUAGUUGAGAAACUACAGUCCUAGAAAGAAAUUGCUUUAAAUAUUGCUGGUAACUUCUCUUUUGAGGAUCAGAAUCAUUUUGCUAUCCAAAUAGACCUGUGGAGAGUAAAUGCAAAAGAGCUAAGAGGAAUGAGUCACAUGUUGAGUAUUCAACGUCAUUGAAGCACUAUUUGUGUCACUCUCAGAGGAUGGUUUUGUGUAGCACCUCUUUGAAAGCUCAACCUACUGUUUUCUGUUGUUGUUAGAAGCAGGACGACAGGGUUGUUAUGUUUUUCUUUAUAAACUAACUGUUUAUGGUCUAGAUUUAAAGAAAAGUUCUGACAUUUUUUUAGCUCUGAGUAGUGGUUUUUUUUUGAAACUCCUGAAAACGUUUUUGCUACCAAAUAAAUCAUGCUUUAUGAUACUCAGCCAUCUAAAAAUGAAAGACCCAAAAUUUGAGUCUGCACAAAACAAAAAUCUCACGGGAACCAUUGCACUUUGGAGAAGCAUGGAAGUAGAAAUACAGUGCAAUUCUAUUACAGUAUUUUACCACAUUUAAACUAACUUAGAGCCUUUUAAGUUUAAUGCCUUAGUUUCUCAUUACUAAUGAACUAGGGAAUUAUUAGCAUUAAGCAAGAAAAUGACAGUUAUAUAAUUGCAAUGUAGAGUGUUGCCAGGAAAUCUGUAAGACUGAAGGAAAUUUGUAUUGCAUAUGCAAAAAAUAAGAUUAGUGUUUUUAAGACUUAUUACUGACACAUAUUUGAUUCCUGGAUAAACUAGUCGCUUAAUUAGUACUGAGAAUUCUGUUCAUUCAUGGUGCUAGAUAGUUUGAGGGGUCUAAUAUGUGUAAGUCAUAUCUCUUUUCUUAGUGGUCAUAUAGUGUAGAUAAUUUAUGAGCUCUAAAUAAUCAGCUUUAUCCAAUUCAAGGGCAUUAAGAUUAAUUACUGCCUGGAACUUUGAAGAGAGAAAAAUUCAGGGACACAUUUAAAGGCACUGGAACAGUUUAUGUCCAUAUCAGAUCAGUAAAUUAAAAGAUUCAGAAACUCAUGUCUAAAAUUAGCUGGUUAGAAUUCAGAAAGAGACAUGUUUUAACUUUGUGAUAUAUUAGCAAAAUUUCAUCUACUGUGAUGUUUUGGGGGAAGUUUUUCAUUUAUGCACUUGUAUAUGAAGACAAUUUGUAUGACAAUACAAAACUCAAAGAA